UGCCCCUGCGGCGCCAACUGCCAGUGCGCCCAGGCGGCCAUGCGCUCGGCGCUCAAGGCGGUGGGCUACACGUCCGAGGUCACGAACUGCGGCGCGAGCGGCGCGGGCAAGCCCUGCCCCGCCCAGGCGCUGGGCACCUGCACGUGCGGGCCCGACUGCCAGUGCGGCGACAACUGCGACUGCGCGUCGUGCCCCGCCAAGUGCGGCGAGAAGUCCGUCGCGUGCCCGGCGCAAGCGCUCGGCACGUGCACGUGCGGCCCGAACUGCCAGUGCGGCGACAACUGCACCUGCGCCUCCUGCCCCGCCAAGUGCGGGCAGCAGAGCGCCGCCUGCCCGGCCAAGGCCCUCGGCACGUGCACCUGCGGCCCGAACUGCCAGUGCGGCGCGGACUGCGCCUGCGCGUCGUGCCCGGGCAAGGCGACGAAAGUCGCGGUCCCGGACGUCCUCGUCAAGGUCGGCGCGGCGCUCGCGCUGCUGACCAUCGGCUUCAUCGCCGGCCGCAAGCUCAAGCUCUAG